ACGUGCCUCGUAACCGUUCCUCUCCACCACCUUCCACGUGGCACCCACCUUCAUCUUUUCUCACGCCUUCUCCUUUCCCUUCCCAAUUAAAAAAAAAAAGCACUCUGAAAAUCCCAACAUCAACAUCGCCAUCGCCAACUCCAAACUCUUUUCAUAAACUUCCCAAACAACACAUCAUUCAUUCUCCCAUGGCGGAAGCAAACACUCGUCACCACCGCGCAACCUCUUCUUCCAGUGACAUCUCAGUCUAUUUGGACGCCGACCACUCUUCUGUUCCCGCUGCUUCUUUCGGUCCUAUUGACAGGAAUCCAUCAUCCUCUACGCCGCCGCCGUCGUCGUCGCGGAACGCCGCCGCUGCACCGGCUAAUCAAGUUAACGAUAAGAACGCUGCUGCUGCUGUUGCUAAAGUUGUUGGUAGGAGCAAGGGAAGCAGUGCAAUGGCGCUUGCCAAGUUCCUUGACGAGAAAGUUCCCUUCAGGGAAAAGAUGCAAUGGAUAAAACAGGCUUCCAUACUUAAGGAUGACGGUACAGUUGAAAUUAAAGUUCCAGGAGCAGGAAGUAAUAUUGAGCAUGAUGUUAAAUGCAAUGAAUCUCAUGAUGAAAUUUACAAUGCAAUACACAGUCAGGAUAUUCAGCCUAUUGAGUCACUUCAAAUCGUAAUGCUUAUAGUUGGCACACGGGGAGAUGUCCAGCCAUUUGUUGCCAUGGGGAAGCGUCUUCAGGAAGAUGGCCACAGGGUUAGGCUAGCUACUCAUAAAAACUUUGAAGAUUUUGUCAUGAAUGCAGGCUUGGAAUUUUACCCUUUGGGUGGAGAUCCCAAAGUUCUCGCUGGUUAUAUGGUCAAGAAUAAAGGCUUCUUGCCAUCGGGGCCUUCAGAAAUACAUAUACAAAGAUAUCAAAUCAAGGAUAUUAUUAAUAGUUUGCUCAAUGCAUGCGACAGUCGUUACCCAGAGUCUAAUGCCCCAUUUCAAGCAGAAGCGAUAAUUGCCAAUCCUCCAGCAUAUGGGCAUACUCAUGUAGCUGAAUAUCUAAAUGUUCCACUUCACAUAUUCUUCACAAUGCCAUGGACGCCUACUAGUGAAUUUCCUCAUCCUCUUUCCCAUGUUAAGCAACCAAUUGGCUACAGACUCUCAUAUCAAAUAGUUGAUGCUUUAAUCUGGCUUGGAAUGCGAGACUUGAUAAAUGAGUUUAGGAAGAAAAAGCUGAAGCUAAAGCCUAUUACUUAUCUAAGUGGAUCUUACACUCACCCUUUUGAUGUGCCCCAUGGUUAUAUAUGGAGCCCUCACUUGGUCCCUAAACCAAAAGACUGGGGACCUAAGAUUGAUGUCGUUGGAUUUUGUUUCCUUGACCUUGCUUCAAAUUAUGUACCACCAAAAUCGCUAGUAGAUUGGCUUGAAGAGGGAGAAAAACCUAUUUAUGUUGGAUUUGGUAGCCUUCCUUUACAAGAACCAGAGAAAAUAACACGAAUUAUAAUUCAAGCACUGGAAGAAACAGGGCAGAGAGGUGUCAUCAACAAAGGCUGGGGUGGUCUUGGGUCUUUGGCAGAACAAAACAAAUCUGUGUAUUUAUUGGACAACUGUCCACAUGAUUGGCUGUUUCCCCGAUGCACUGCAGUGGUACAUCAUGGGGGUGCCGGAACAACUGCCGCGGGUCUUAGAGCUGAAUGUCCGACAACUAUUGUACCAUUCUUUGGGGACCAGCCAUUUUGGGGAGAUCGGGUGCAUGCUAGAGGAGUAGGUCCUGCACCCAUCCCGGUGGAUGAGUUUACAUUUGAUAGGCUGGUUGAUGCCAUACGCCUUAUGCUGAAACCAGAGGUGAAAAAGCGUGCUGUUGAACUUGCUAAUGCCAUGAAAAAUGAAGAUGGGGUGCUAGGAGCGGUUAAAGCCUUCUAUAAACAUUAUCCGCCCGAAAAAUCAAAGUUCGAUGACGCCAAGUCCAAGCAAUUAGCCUCCACAGCCGAACCCAAACCAGUUCAUAAAUAUUUCUCUAUACGAGGAUGCUUUGGUUGCUCUAAAUCUUCUGGAUAUAAAUAGCUUUCUUCAUGCAUCGACCAUAAAAAAAAUGCAUACAAAAAAAAGCUGUCUUCAUACAGCAUACUUGUCCAUGUAACCAUGUUCGUUCUUUUGGUCUAAUUCUGAUAUAUCAGCAAUUGUGAAAAGUAAAUUGCCCCGGUGAUUUUGUUGAGUUUGAGCUUCACCAGAAGCAUUUCUGAAGGUUCCAGUAUGGUCCAAUUUACUGUCAAGAGCUUGCUACUUUACUUUUUUUCUUCUUUUAGUGUAAGGUUUGUAUGAUAAUACCCCUCAACAUUAACCAGUGUUUUGUAGAAUAUAACUAAUCAUCUUCUUUGCAAUAUUUUAUAGACAAGAAGUGUGCAAACUUGUUGGGUUCA